AGCCUGGCCGUGACACACGCACCAUGCCUUACUUGCUCAUCAGCACCCAGAUCCGCAUGGAGGUGGGCCCCACCAUGGUGGGUGAUGAGCACUCAGAUCCAGAGCUGAUGCGGCAGCUGGGGGCUUCAAAGAGAAGUGUCCUGGGAAACAACUUCUGUGAGUAUUACGUUAAUGACCCUCCACGCAUAGUGCUGGACAAGCUGGAACGCCAGGGCUUCCGUGUGUUGAGCAUGACAGGGGUGGGCCAGACGCUGGUGUGGUGCCUGCACAAGGAGUUAAAAUAA